AUGGCGAAACUAAAAUUUUCCAACAUUGUUCUCUCCCUGCUACUCUCUUUGUUGCUCUUCAACUUUAUCAUCGAUCUUGAAGCUUCAUAUCAAGAUCUUAACCAGCCGUACCGGACUGGUUAUCACUUUCAACCUCCCAAAAAUUGGAUGAACGGACCAAUGAUAUACAAAGGAAUAUACCAUCUUUUUUACCAAUAUAACCCAUACGGUGCCGUUUGGGAUGCAAGAAUCGUGUGGGGUCAUUCCACGUCAGUUGACUUAGUCAACUGGACCCCACAACCUCCAGCUUUCAGUCCAUCUCAACCGUCAGAUAUCAACGGUUGUUGGUCAGGCUCCGUUACGAUUCUACCAAACGACACACCUGUGAUCCUCUACACCGGCAUUGACCAAAACAAAAGUCAAGUCCAAAACGUCGUCGUUCCGGUUAACGUUUCUGAUCCAUUUCUCAUAGAAUGGUCAAAACCGCCGUUAAAUCCUCUGAUGGUACCAAACGCCGUUAACGGAAUUAACCCAACCCGGUUCAGAGAUCCGACCACCGCUUGGCUCGGACACGACGGAGAAUGGCGAGUUAUUGUCGGAAGUUCGACGGACGAUCGUCGAGGAUUAGCGAUUCUUUACAAAAGCAGAGAUUUCUUCAAUUGGACGCAAUCGAUUAAGCCUCUGCAUUACCAAGACUUAACCGGAAUGUGGGAAUGUCCUGAUUUUUUCCCGGUUUCGAGAACCGGAUCCGACGGUGUUGAAACGUCGUCGUUUGGUGGUGACGUUAAGCACGUGCUUAAAGUGAGUUUGUUUGAGACAUUACAUGAUUAUUACACUAUUGGGAGUUAUGAUCGUGAGAAAGAUGUUUACGUACCGGAUCUAGGGUUUGUGCAAAAUGGAUCAGCUCCGAGGUUAGAUUACGGUAAAUUUUACGCGUCGAAAACGUUUUUCGAUGAUGUUAAGAAACGUAGAAUCUUGUGGGGUUGGGUUAAUGAAUCUUCUCCGGCUAAAGAUGAUAUUGAGAAGGGUUGGUCUGGUCUUCAGUCAUUUCCGAGGAAAAUGUGGCUCGAUGAAUCGGGAAAGGAGCUGCUACAAUGGCCUAUUGAAGAGAUUGAGACAUUGCGUGGGACACAAGUCAAUUGGCAUAAUAAAGUUAUUAAGGCAGAAUCUAGUCUCCAAAUUCAUGGUGUUACUCCAGCACAAGCAGAUGUUGACGUAAUGUUCAAGGUAAAGGACUUGGAAAAAGCGGAUGUGAUUGAACCGAGUUGGACCGACCCUCAAAAGAUAUGUAGUCAAGGAGAUUUAUUGGUUAAGUCCGGUAUAGGGCCAUUUGGUUUGAUGGUUUUGACAUCCAAUGACAUGGAAGAGUACACAUUGGUUUACUUCAGAAUCUUCAAGUCAAAUGAUACAAAUACGAAUACUAAGUACGUGGUCUUGAUGUGCAGUGACCAAAGCAGAUCUUCGUUGAAUGAAGAAAACGAUAAAGCAGCAUUUGGUGCUUUUGUGGCGAUAGAUCCUUCUCACCAAACACUUUCUCUUAGAACUUUGAUUGAUCAUUCGAUAGUGGAGAGUUAUGGUGGAGGAGGCAGAGUAUGUAUAACCUCAAGAGUGUAUCCAAAAUUAGCGAUUGGAGAAAAUGCAAAUCUAUUUGUCUUCAAUAAAGGAACACAAAGUGUUGAUGUCUUGAGCCUAAGUGCUUGGAGCUUAAAGUCUGCCCAGAUCAAUAAAGAGUCAAUGUCGCUACCAUUUAUUGAGUGA